AUGGCCUACGACCCGAGUCCGGACAUCCCCCCGACCUCCAAGUAUCUCUCCUUCAUCCCUGUUGAUCGACUAAAUAAGGCCCCCGUCAUCACCAUAAAUAACUUUUCCAACGAACAAGUCAACUCUGUCUCGGUCCGCCUCGCAGACUUCUUCCGCGACGAAGGCGCUGGCAACUCGGUCAAGGCGGGCGUCAAAAUCGAUGAUGAGAAAGCUCCGGACGAGUCCAAAUGGGCAAAGUACUACGACCCGCAAACCGUCAACGAGGCCCCCAUCAUUUCCAUCUACAGCAGCGUCGACGACUUGCCGUAUACGAAAUGGGGUGUCAGUAUCAUACAGACCGUUGUGCCGACUAGACUAGAUGAGGGCAGGAAGUUGCUGGGAGAUGUCCCACCUAACCCAGACUCGUACAAGGAGUACAUCCCCAAUACUAACAUGGCUCCGGAUAUCACCGUGAGCUUGGGAGCAACAGAUGAACAGUCCAAUGUAACGGUCGACAUGAACACCCAGUUUACAUCGGAAGCUGCUGUCGAAGCCAUUUUUGCCCAAUUCCGGCGUUGA